CGGGAGGAAGUGCGGCUUGUUUUCCCGGCUGGGCUCUGGAGCGGCGGGUGCGGCGCGAUGCGCGGGUACCCGGCAGCGGACGGCUGCGAGCCCCGAUGAAGCCCGAGCCGCCCCAGCCCGAUGGAGCCGCCUCCGUGGGAGCCGGUGCGCAACGACUCGCUGCCGCCCACGCUGAGCCCGGCCGUGCCGCCCUAUGUGAAGCUCGGCCUCACCGCGGUCUACACCGCCUUCUACGCGCUCCUCUUCGUGUUCAUCUACGCGCAGCUCUGGCUGGUGCUGCGCUACCGCCACAAGCGACUCAGCUACCAGAGCGUCUUCCUCUUCCUCUGCCUCUUCUGGGCCUCGCUGCGUACUGUGCUCUUCUCCUUUUACUUCCGAGACUUCGUGGCAGCCAACUCGUUCAGCCCUUUCGUCUUCUGGCUGCUCUACUGCUUCCCCGUGUGUCUGCAGUUCUUCACCCUCACGCUCAUGAACUUAUACUUCACGCAGGUGAUUUUCAAAGCCAAGUCAAAAUAUUCUCCAGAAUUACUCAAGUAUCGGUUACCCCUCUACCUGGCCUCACUUUUCAUCAGCCUUGUUUUCCUGCUGGUGAAUCUGACCUGUGCUGUGCUGGUGAAGACAGGAACCUGGGAGAGGAAGGUCAUUGUCUCUGUGAGAGUGGCCAUCAAUGACACACUCUUCGUUCUGUGUGCCAUCUCUCUCUCCAUCUGCCUCUACAAAAUCUCCAAGAUGUCCCUGGCCAACAUCUACCUGGAGUCAAAGGGUUCAUCGGUAUGUCAGGUGACUGCCAUAGGUGUCACUGUCAUCUUGCUCUACGCCUCGAGGGCCUGCUACAACCUGUUCAUCUUGUCAUUUUCUCAGAUCAAGAAUGUCCACUCCUUUGAUUAUGACUGGUACAAUGUAUCAGACCAGGCAGAUCUGAAGAGCCAGCUGGGCGAUGCGGGCUAUGUAGUGUUCGGCGUGGUGCUUUUCGUGUGGGAGCUCUUACCCACCACCUUGGUGGUGUACUUCUUCCGAGUCAGAAGUCCCACGAAGGACCUUACCAACCCUGGGAUGGUCCCCAGCCAUGGAUUCAGUCCCAGAUCUUAUUUCUUUGACAACCCCCGAAGAUACGACAGUGAUGAUGAUCUUGCCUGGAACGCUGCUCCUCAGGGACUUCAGGGAAGUUUUGCUCCAGACUACUACGAUUGGGGACAACAGAGUAACAGCUCCCCGGCACAAGCAGGAACUUUGCAACAAGUCUCCACUUUGGAUCCAGACAAAGCCAGCCAAGGGUAGCACCAGGUGCCAGUCCUAUGGAAGAGUCCUCUGUUGAAAACCUUCAGCCAGACAGACUGGAUGACAGCUGAGUUUUUAGGACACCUUUCCUUAUGAAACAGGACUCAGUUUUUUUGCUAUAGCUUUCUCAUGGCUAGAUCGGACUAAGCAAUAAUUUAGAGCGAUAAACUCUUACUUUAGUAUUAGCAGAGAGCCUGGCUAUUUCAGUGGGUAUAAUUUAAACUUAAAGAGAUUCUGUACUUUUAUAAAGAUGUAUUUUAUAUAACUUAAAUACUAAUGCUAAAGUAUAUUAGGUUUUUCCUUGAUUGUUAUUGUAAUGUAUGUUGUAGUUUGCACAGAUUUUCAUGCAUAAUUCACUUUAAAACGUAUAGAAUACGUGGUCUAAUAGUUUAAAGCUUUUGGACAAAAGUUUCCUCAAGCCUUACCUCUGAAGGUCACUGAAGGUCACUGUGAUUGUGAACUCCACAUUGGUAGACUCCUUUUACCUGCCACUCCAGUGUUGAAAGUUAAGAGGAAGGAGAGUGUCACGGUCUGUAUGUCCACACUAGUAGUUUCUCUUGAACUUUGCCCACAGUCUGGUGCUUCUUCAUCCGAGAGCACUACUAUAAGCACUCCAGUAACAAGUGGAUACUGUCAAGAUGUAGUCGCCGAUACUACUCAGCCUCCUCGGCUGUGUGUGUAGCCAUUUUGUAUACUUUUCUUUAGCCAGUGUAACUGAAUACUCACUACCUCAGUAGGAUGGCAAGAUUGCCUUCCCUGACUCAGCCCAUGCUCACUAUAGUCAAUGACAAGCGAAGAGGUCUCCACAGAGUGUUAACAGUAAAUAUUUCUGGCCCUCGAGCUAAAGGACUGUGGACUCCUGACAGCUUCUCUGUAAAACAUGCCUGUUACUUGUAGGAGACUGAUGUGUGCUCACUGCCUGUUAUUUUUAAAUACUCUGACCGUCUGUUGAAAGCUAUGUGUAUGAAAAAGUGGGUUCUGCCUAUGUGGUAGCAGGACCCCUGUUUCAGCCAGAGAGCGUUCCAGACAAUGAUCCCCAUGUGCUAUCUCAGGGCUCUGAGAACCAAAUGGCCAUCCUGGAGGCUGGUUGCUCUGGCUUCUCACAAAAUGCAUCAUCUGGUCACCAGAGCCAAAAGGCAAGUCUUGCUCACAGGCUCUAGCCCAAUUCACACAUUUCUGCUGUCCUAAGGUUUGGUAAAAACCCAUCUUGGGGAUUUAACAGGGACAAGCCCACUCUCUCCUAUUUAGAUGUAUUUAAAAUUGGGAUCCCAGGCCGGGCGGUGGUGGCGCACGCCUUUAAUCCCAGCACUCGGGAGGCAGAGCCAGGCGGAUCUCUGUGAGUUCGAGGCCAGCCUGGGCUACCAAGUGAGUUCCAGGAGAGGCGCAAAGCUACACAGAGAAACCCUGUCUCGAAAAACCAAAAAAAAAAAAAAAAUUGGGAUCCCAAAUUUCACACGGGUUGUGAUUGGGUUUUCAUUGUAUAGCACACAAAGUUGAAGACUCUGCACAGCCCACGUCUUUGCUUUUGAGUAUGAGCAAACAUCUGGGUUACCAGCCAUUUAAAAUAGUUAUUUGUCAGGGUGAGUUCCGCACUGAAGCAAAGCCUGCACGAGUUGCCUAAGUCAGUAGUUUACAAUAAGAGUGUACAAGACAGCUUAUCUGUCGCUAUCCCUGCAAUAAUUCGGCUGUUGCAGCCAGUGCCCACAGCCCCUGUGUCCUUGUCUCCAGCAAGUCUAUCCAUCAGCAGCCAAGGGCAGGGCUUUCUGAAAAGCAUAGCAUCUUCAAGACAGUGCUGUGUGCACUCAUUUUGUAGCACAUGCACACUUUACAAUUGUCUAUAAGAAAACAGACACCCAGCAUUAGCCAACAAGCUAUGAUCACUUUACAAUAAAGUUGUCAGCAUUCACGGCAGCUAUUUAUUUUUCUCUGGAAAGGACAAAAUGACAUGUCGAUUGACUCUCACAAUUUUUUUUUUUUUUUUAAAAGACUAACUCUUAAAUGCUGUCACCACAGGCUGGAAUAUAAACACGGUGGCUGUGGGUCUCAUGUAGGGAAGGAGUUCUGAGUUGCCUUUGAGCCUUCUCCCUUACUUUCUCUGCUAACAAAACUUCCUAAUGUGUUAGAUUAAACCUAGGAAAAGAAAAGUUCAUGUGUACACCACCAUGAAAUUAAAACCCUGGUAAAUCGCUUCUCAGCCUUUUGGCUAAGAUCAUGUGUAAAACCCUGGUAAUAUUAAGCUUAAAGUGCAUGGGGCCAAGCAUGGUAUUAUGCUAAUAAUCCAAGCACUAGGUCAAAUUUGAGGCCAGCGUGGGCUAUAGAAAUACUCUGAGAUGAACAAGUAUAUGGGACAGAGAGAAUACCACUGAAAAUGUGGUAAAUGUGGUACCAGCAUUGAGGUCUGCUGUAACAAGGCCAGGACACACAGUUUUUGAAUGCUGGAAGAGUCAUUUGCCCACACAGCUAAUAAUUCUGGCCAAGCUAUGUUCAUACCUAUCAUUGAUUGGCACAUACUCCUUUAGACAGUUAACAUCUGAGUGUUAUGAGUUGUGAACUACAGGUUAUUACAGCAUACAUCCCAGUCACAUUUAUGAAUUUAUUUUCUGUGGCUGCCGCCAGGAUGGAAUCCAGGGCCUUACUCAUAUAUGGCAAACGCUCUACCACUGAGCUGUAUUCUCAGCUCUUGUUAACUCUGUCUUGACUACCAGACACACUCAUAAUAACUCUUCUGUCCCAUGUUUAUCUGCAUAGAUCAGGUAAAUCCUAGUGUACCCCAAACUCCUCCUUCACUAAAACUCAACUGCUUUUUGUGAACAGUAGUAUUGAACCAAGACUUCACCCCUAUGAAGAGCAAAAGAAGCAUUCGUCACUGUGGGUGCUUCAGAAGCACUAUGAGAAUCUCAUUUGGAUCUAUAUUGUAUAUUAGAAUAUUGUGUACCCAUAUGCAUGUGUACCUGCACAGUGGUGAUCAGAUCUCGGCCUUACUCCUGCUAAGCAAGUGCUUUGCCACUGGACUACAUACAUUCCAGCCUGUUGUUUGUUCUACAAGGUUACAAAUAAUUUAUCAAGAUUUACAAGUUAAGCCAAUUAUUCUAGAAAAAGGAUCCUUUCACUUUUAUUGGGCAGAGAUCUUAAGAGACUGGGGCAGAAACAUAUCAAUGUCCAUUUUAUCUGGUAGGUACGAGCUAUUCACAACUUCUGAUGGGACCAGAUAGGGAGCCGCUGAAAGGAGCAGGCUCCAGUCAGAGUUCUCAGCAAAGACUAAACUAAUAAGACAAAGUGAGAAAAACAUUUAAAUGGGACUGUCAAGACAGGCUGUGGAAUUCACUGGUCUACUGGGUAUCUCUGCUAUACAGUGCCGGACUGGGCAGUUGUCAUGAGUUUGGAUUUGAGAUCAUACAGAGAGGAUCACACAUUAACUUACUCAUAGUUCCCAGAGAACUAUGAUAGAGACAUGAAAAGCCCUCUCCCCAAAGAACAAAAUACCUGUCAAACUACUGGACUCCUCUACCUUUGCCUCAUCUUGCCCUGGGUAGGUACUAUGCUCAGUAUGGACUCAUGCAGUCCAGGCUUGUGAUCCUUGGAUCCAAAUGUAGGGUCUUGGCAGCUCCUAUAGGCAUAGACAUCUGCCUUCUUCAAACCUUGAUCUGUCCCUGCUCCAUUUUUUGAUGUAGAUACCUUCCUUACCAGUGGCUUCUUUUCCCCUAAGCCUCAUCUGGUUAACCCCUCAAAUCCUGAUUUUUUUUUUUUUUUUUUGUACUCUGAAUAGACCUUAUGUCUCCAAACAUUAACUUAGAACUGGAGUUUAGAGGCCCACUUUAUUCAGCUUAUAUGAGCCUCAAAAUUCCUUUCUACCAACCCUUGUUCAUAUAAUUGUUACCCAUGAUUCUGACAUCCACUAGUCACUUCCCAGUCAUGGUUUCUUCAAGACCCUCACUAAAGCAUGAAAGGGUGCAUACACUCAGAUAAACAGUGCCUUCCCAGGGCUGCUGUGUCUGUGUAACUGAGCAUCCUUCAGGUACUUCCCUAUAAAUAAACUCACUGGCCCCGUCCACGCUUCAAGUCUAUAGGGCAAGGGCCUAUCAAAGGCUUUGCCCAGCUGUAGGUCCAUCCUGGGCAGGAUGGUUUGGUGAGGCCCUGACUGGUAGCUGUCCGAUGGCUUUCCUGAGUCAGUGUGCUGGUAGCAUCAGGAGGCUACCUGUACUGCUGGGAACAUUUUUAGGUGGCAUGUGGCCUCAGUGGCAUUUUCUUCAGGUGAAGUCUUAACUAUAAAUGGAAUGGAAUCUGGUUGGGCUAUGAAGGCUGAGCUGUGUGGUGGCAGGAGUUUAUUUCACUUAUUGCUAUAUUUCCAGACCUCAGAAGAGUCAAAUCCCAUACUCAUAGCUGCCCUUAAGUAACUCUUGCACUUGCACUUUUACCAAGUUUAUUUAGCACUCACUGAAGGGCUCCCCCACUUAUGAGUCUUUAACAGAUAUCCAAUUUUUUAACAAAUAAAUGGAGGAGGGAGUUGGUUUGUUUUGUUUUGUUUUGUUUUUUAAUAUAUGAAGGUAAGCCCAAAAUCAUUCUUGGAGACUUUGUCUUACAAGGUGAACUCUGACCUCAUGGGUGCUAUCAUACCUUUAUUAACUGCUCCAUUUAGUAAGAGUACUCAAAGAAUUACCCCAGGUAGUUAAAACCUAAAAGGGUCUUUACCAUGUGAGGUGAGGCUGAGUUAGAAGAAUAAAGACAUCGAGGUUAAGAACCUUCGCAUCUAAGGAUGUAGUUGUAGGCAGAUUGCUUGUCCAUGGGUAGCAAGCCCUGGGUCCAAUCCCCAGCACAGCACAAAACGGGCAUGAUUGUUUCCACCUCUGAUCCCAGCAUUUGGAAGCUGGAGGAUCAGAAGUGGGAGUUUGAGGCCAGCCUGAGACACACAAGACCUUGAAAGUAAUGAAAGGGAGCGAGGAAGAGAGACCCCCCAAAAAACAGUCUGACAGAGUUCUGUCGUGCUAAAAAGAAUUUUUCAAAGCUCAUGUGGAAUCAAAUGGAAUGGAGGAAAAACAAAUCAAAAGAGUGCAGGGAAAGGAAGGAGAAGGUGUGGUCAAUUUGGACGCACAGUAAACUCCGACUCACCGAUAACAUGUGGUGUCACAUUAAGGAAAAAUCAGAGCACUCCCCUUGGUGUCAUUUAACCAAGAGUGAGCCCAGAUUUGAAUUUUCUCGUUCAUGUUCCCUGUGUCUUCUGUCCUCUCAGUUUGAAUCUGCCUGCCUGAGGCUGUCUUGUAAAUCAAUCCCUGUGUGUUCAUCCCUCACAGAGGGCUUUGCUCUUUAUUGAGCAGCACAGAAGGCAUCACAUGGGGGAAGGACUUCGUGACACUUUACAGAAAUCUUUAAUGGAGUUCUACAAGGGACCAAGUCACAGACUCCAGUUAACCCCAACUGACCCACAUGACAGUAUUUCAAACACUAUUGUUUAUCAAGCAAUAUUUAAAUGUUGUGUUCAACAUUUAUGGUGGAAUUCAUUUUAGAAGACUGCUUUCAUCUUCUGUAUUUGCUGUUUUCAGCAAAUGAUACACAGGCAUUACUCUGGGUCAAGGAUAUGAAUAAGUACGUAACUUAAGAUUAUAGCUGUGCUGGGCUGGAGAGAUGGUUCAGUGGUUAAGAGCACUGGCUGCUCUCCCAGAGGACCUGGGUUCAAUUCCCAGCACCCACAUGGCAGCUUACAACUGUAUCUCUGGUUCCAGGGGAUCUGACACCCUCAUACCAAUGCACAUAAAAUAAAGUUAAAUCAAUUAUUUGGAAAAAGAAAAAAAGAUUAUAGCUUUGCAUUGGGAAUUCCAAGGGCAAGUAAGGGUGACUGUUAACAUUGUUCUCUUAAAGGCAGGUUAAACAAACAGCUGAGUACACAGUAGGAUAGCAGUCUUAAGUCAUAAGUGACCUCAGGGUGUACUAACUCUGGCCAUGAGGUCCAUGAGAAGUUCCAGUCCAGUCCUCAGAAUGUUUAUUUUUUUUAAUAAUUUUUUUUUUUUUCCGAGACAGGGUUUCUCUGUGUAGCUUUGCGCCUUUUCCUGGAACUCACUUGGUAGCCCAGGCUUGCCUCGAACUCAGAGAGAUUCGCCUGGCUCUGCCUCCCGAGUGCUGGGAUUAAAGGCGUGCGCCACCACCGCCCGGCCUGAAUGUUUAUUUUUUUUAAUAUUGCAUCACCAUGAGAGGGCUGAGGACUAAUGUUAAAUAUUAUUUAUUAAAACAAUGCCUACUGGUACAUAUAGAAAAUGGACUGAUGAAAUGGAACAGAACCUAGAUAAAGAGCUAAGUCCACAAAGAUACCAGAGAUCUGUCUUAUCUACAUGUAGCCUCAAACUAGUUAUGGGAAAGAUGGGCUGUUCAGGAACAACCAGGUUAGGGUUGUUGAAGAUAAGGGUGGUUUCUUAACUUGUAUUUUGUACUAGGAUCCAUCCCAAAGGAUCGGAAUUUAAAAAGCAAAACCAUCAAUGAAAAUCAGAAAAAAAAAUAAUGGUGGAUUAACUGUCUUGGUCUGAAGUGAGGAAGACAUUCUAUGAGUUAAUACAGAAAUCACCAAAGAACUGGUAAAUCAGACCAUACAACAGCAUGAUAAAACCAUUAGAGCAAAGCCAAAAAAACCAAUUGGAAGAAUAUGCCAUUCCUCACACUUAAUGGAUUCAUUCUUCUAACAGGUGAGGUUCUAAUGGCCAUGUGGUAAAGUGGACAAGGUUCAGGAGUCUCCUUCCUAUAUUAAAAGUUGUUCAUUUUAUAUAGUUAGGCAACAAAUGAAUAUUUUAAAUUUAUAUACUAUCAGAACAUCCGAGUCUAGCAUUUGAAUGCCGUCUCUGAUGGUGAUGUGGGUGAGCAAGCACGGUCCAUCUGUAGAUGGUAUGUGAACUGUGGAGGGCAGCAUCUGAGUCAGUGCCUUUCCGAACUCAGUGUGUGUAGUCUUUCACUUCUGAAUACUUACUGUAGAGAUGUACGUAUACAAACGUGUAAUGACAUGUGGACAAGGUCUUGAAACAACCCAAAUGCCCGAGAAUGGUACUGCUCAACUAAAUAAUGACAGCCACAGUAAGGAUACCAAGCAACCACUAAAGUGAAAAAACUAUCUGGUGAUAUGUGGCCAUUGAAUAUUAGGUGAUUAAAAAGCAGAUGGUGUGUAUGUGAUAUCACUCCAAGUAAAGAUAGAGAGAAAGAAGGCUUUAUAUUUGUAUAUGUUGGCAUAUUUAAAAAAAAAAGUAUGGAUGGAAAUAGAAAAGCCAAGGAAGGAGGGCAUGUGUGUGUACUGUGGCACUGUAUUUUUGGUAUAAAAUGUGUUUUUUAAUCAUAUGAAUGUACCACCUAUUCAGAAAGUUAAAUAAAGCAAGCAUUUUUUUAAAGCCUAUGGCUCAGUACAAAUCAAAAACCACCAAAGUUCCUACAGUUUGACUGAGUGGUAAUAGGCCAUUACAAAAAUGCCACAAAUGGCCCGAUUAUCAGUAGAGGUUCUUGAGCCCUGGGUUCUGGUGGCAUGAGUUGUGACUAUGACUGAGUCUCAGAGCUCAUCUGUUUUCACGCUUCAGGAAAUAACUGUACUUCCCACCUAGUGUGCUGGUGACAGGCUGUUGCAUGUGGAGUCCUCGGCACAGGCUGCCAAUACCUGCCAUUUGUGCUACAAGAAGAGUCCCCCUCAGACCAUGCAGAUGGUGUAUUUUCUCCCUGAUUCAUAAGUUAUAAUCACAUUCUCUUGAAAUGGAGGAGGAAAAAAAAAACCAAAGCAACAAAAGAUUGCAGAAACAUGUACUUUAAUUCAUGGUCUAGAUUCUGGUGGGCACAACAGUGAAUUAUUUGGAAUUCAGCUCAGAAAACUCAAAGCUGCACCUGUAGAUGUUAUUUCAAAUAAAGGACAUGUGGAUUUCUGUGCUUGGCUUGUA